AUGACAGAAAAUGAAAAUCGUAACACCAAAGUUGACAUCGAAUACUGUAAAGUAUGUGAUUAUAAGGGGCAUUGCUUAGAAUUGGCUGAAAAAAUUAAAGCAAGCAUUCCUAAUGCUGCAGUUUCAUGUAAACAAGGCCGGAGAGGAUCUUUUGAGGUAAUCAUCAAUGACAAACUUGUUUAUUCAAAAUUACAAACAAUGGCCCUGCCAGAUUAUGAAGAAGUGGUUGAAGUUGUCGGCGAAGCUAAUUUAGGAGCUGAACCAAGAAUAAUAAAAGGUGAACAACCAAUAAACUGUGCAAUAUCAUAA